AUACAACUCCACAUUUUAGUAGAUCGUAUAGAUCCCUUUCUAUUUGGUUUGAAAUUAUUAAGUUUGGGGAGAAAUGUUUUAUUCUAAGUAUGUUUUUGCCAAGAGUGGCCCUCUCGGUAAAAUAUGGCUAGCGGCUCACUGGGAAAAAAAGUUAACAAAGCAACACGUCAUGCAAACAGAUAUCAACAGAACGGUAGAAACUAUUGUAAGCGAUUAUAUUGAAAAGGGCUCACAAAUUCAACCGAUUUCUUUAAGAACAUCAGGCCAUUUGCUUUUGGGGGUCGUGAAAAUAUUUUUUCGCAAAGUGCAAUACCUUUAUAUUGAUGUCACAGAAACUCUUACCAGAAUUAAGUCUGCAUUUAGAACGGGUCGAGCUAUUGAUCUUAAAGAUAAUCGGGCUGUUGCUAAAGAAAGCGCAAUAACUAUGAAAUUGGAUAGCUUCGAUUUGGAUUUUAAUAAAAUAUUCAACGAAAACGAUGUCAUUAUGGGGGAUGAGCUCUACACGGCACCCGAGCAGGACAUAACGUUGGACUCUAUCGAAAUUCCCCGCCAUGCCGAUCUUUCUUCUAUUGGUCACGUGAGCGACGAUGUUUUUGCCGAGGUGCCACGCCGUGAGGACACUUUGGGACCACAGAAGGGCGAUAUACUGGAUGCGAUGACUGAAGAGUUUUUGCUUCCUAUAGACAAUGACUUCUUAGCAGAGGAGCAGCCUGCGGAUUUAAAAGAACUGGAAACCCCUUCCAUUGAUAACGUCUCAUUUUCUUUUUCUGGCGUUUCUCCCCUGGAAGACUCUCGAAGAGAUUCCGUCGCCGAGCUUGAGAGUCCCGAGCUCGCCGCUGGAAAAAAGAUUAUCCACGACAAAGCCAUUAGCGCGCUCGCACCCGCUACUCGGCCUGCCAAGCGUUCGACCCCUCUAAAACCUAAAGAAAAAAGUUCUGGAGCAAAACGCGUGCAUCUGGACGCCGUUCUUGAUUUGGAAAAAAGUUUAUUCAGUGCAGAACGUGCUGAAGCUGAAGAUGUUUUGCCUUUACAAGGAAGUUAUAAGCCUCGGACUUUUAAUAUUGACGUCGAAAAACUUUUUGCCAUUCCGGCGACUGAAGAGUUUCCUCGUGAAAUAUUAAACCUUUUCGAGAAAAAUAAGGAACCCGCCAAACACUACCCCACCAAAUCUUCUGACAAGCUUCUCAUUGGUCAGAACAACGAAGCGACGGAUGCCUCGCACGGCGACUUUUCUAUGGAUACUCUGGACUUGCCAGCAGAUAGUGGAGGUUUAAGUUUUGCUACUGCAGAGGCCAGUCUUUCGCCCCUUCCCGUUGCCUUUGAAGCAGAACGCCAAAUAACUCCUUUUGUGGAGCUCGAAGUUAUAGAAGAAAAGUCUCUUGAACCGGCCGAAGUGCUUUUUGAAAUUCCGCAAGAAGCAGAACUAGUGGAACUUGACGAAAAAAAUUAUGAACUUUUAAAUUCUAAAGAUGAACAACUGAAAUUAGCGAAAAUGAAAGAAAUCAUAAAUGAAGCUUUUCGAGAACAACAAUCGAAUUGGAUUUCUUUUGACGAUUUACUUUCUGGCCAUUCCCGCCGUCUCGCUGCUGUUUAUUUUUAUGAGCUUCUUUCUCUCGCGCAGUGCAGGAAUAUUUGCAUCCGGCAGGAGCGUCCUUUUAAUGAAAUUAUUAUCCAACCUUUUACAUGAAAGAAUAGAUUAAUGAAAUUGGUUACGGACGAC